CCCCGCCCCGCCGCGCACGCGCGGCCGUGCUGUCCGCCUGUCAAUAAAGCUUGAACCAACGCCGCGCCGGGGCUGCCGUUUUGGGUUUUUUUUUCUCUCUUUUUUUUUUUUGACUGUGUGGGAUUUUUGCAUUUUUCUUUUCUUCCCGUCUUCCUUGGUUUUUUUUUUGUUUUGUUUUUUGGUUGUUUUUUUUUUAUUUAUUUUUAUUUUGAAGGAACUUUAUUUUCCCCCGCGCGCACGGGGAUGCGCUGAGGCCGCUCCGCCCGGCCCGGCCUCGGCAUGUCGGGCAGCCGCCCGCCGCACCCCGCCGUGCCGCCCGCCGCCACUCCGGCCUCUUCUUCCUCAUCCUCCUCCUCCUCCUCCUCGGCGGCCAUGGCCCCCGGCUCGUCCUCCUCGGGCGGCGCGGCGGCGCGGCCCGUGCUGGUGGCGGCGGCCGUGUCGGGGUCGGGUGCGGGGCUGGCCCGGCUGGCGGCGGGGGCGGCGCGGCCCGGCGGCUCCUCCGCGGCGCCGGGGGGCGGUGGCAGGAAGAGGCCGCUGCUCACUCCGCUCUGCAACGGGCUCAUUAACUCCUACGAGGACAAGAGCAACGACUUCGUGUGCCCCAUCUGUUUUGACAUGAUUGAAGAAGCGUACAUGACGAAAUGUGGACACAGCUUCUGCUAUAAAUGUAUUCACCAGAGCCUGGAAGACAAUAACAGAUGUCCCAAAUGCAACUAUGUUGUGGACAACAUAGAUCAUCUUUAUCCCAACUUCUUAGUUAAUGAAUUAAUUCUUAAACAGAAGCAAAGAUCUGAGGAGAAAAGACUCAAACUGGACCAUUCAGUGAGUAGCACCAAUGGCCACAGGUGGCAGAUAAUUCAAGAUUUGUUGGGAACUGAUCAAGACAAUCUUGACUUAGCCAAUGUCAACCUUAUGCUGGAGCUACUGGUGCAAAAGAAGAAGCAGCUGGAAGCAGAAUCUCAUGCUGCCCAAUUGCAGAUACUUAUGGAAUUUCUUAAAGUCGCCAGGAGAAACAAAAGAGAGCAAUUGGAGCAGAUCCAGAAGGAGCUAAGUGUUCUGGAAGAAGAUAUUAAACGAGUAGAGGAGAUGAGUGGCCUGUACUCCCCAGUCAGUGAGGACAGCACAGUGCCUCAGUUUGAGGCUCCUUCACCUUCACACAGUAGUAUUAUUGACUCCACCGAGUAUAGCCAGCCUCCAGGCUUCAGUGGCAGUUCUCAGACCAAAAAGCAGCCAUGGUAUAACAGCACGCUCGCCUCGCGACGCAAGCGCCUCACAGCUCAUUUUGAGGACCUAGAGCAAUGCUAUUUUUCUACCAGGAUGACUCGUGUCUCAGAUGACAGCAGAACCACCAGCCAGCUGGAUGAGUUUCAGGAGUGUCUAUCCAAGUUCACGCGCUACAAUUCUGUCCGACCGCUGGCAACGCUGUCUUACGCUAGUGACCUCUACAAUGGUUCCAGCAUUGUAUCCAGUAUUGAGUUCGACAGAGACUGUGACUACUUCGCCAUUGCUGGAGUGACAAAGAAGAUUAAAGUGUAUGAGUAUGGUACAGUCAUUCAGGAUGCAGUGGAUAUUCACUACCCUGAGAAUGAAAUGACCUGUAAUUCCAAAAUCAGCUGUAUCAGCUGGAGUAGUUACCACAAGAACCUGCUAGCCAGCAGUGACUACGAAGGCACCGUCAUCCUUUGGGAUGGAUUCACAGGACAGAGAUCCAAGGUCUACCAGGAGCAUGAGAAAAGGUGCUGGAGUGUGGACUUUAAUUUGAUGGACCCUAAGCUAUUGGCUUCAGGCUCUGAUGAUGCCAAAGUGAAACUGUGGUCUACCAACUUGGACAACUCAGUUGCAAGCAUUGAGGCCAAGGCUAACGUGUGUUGUGUCAAAUUCAGCCCAUCUUCCAGGUAUCACCUAGCUUUUGGCUGUGCAGAUCACUGUGUUCACUACUAUGACCUUCGCAACACUAAGCAGCCCAUCAUGGUAUUCAAAGGGCAUCGCAAGGCAGUGUCCUAUGCAAAAUUUGUGAGCGGGGAAGAAAUCGUCUCUGCGUCAACAGACAGUCAGCUGAAGCUGUGGAAUGUAGGCAAGCCUCACUGCUUGCGCUCCUUCAAGGGUCACAUCAACGAGAAGAACUUCGUAGGGCUUGCAUCCAACGGAGACUACAUUGCCUGUGGAAGUGAAAAUAAUUCCCUUUACUUAUACUAUAAGGGUCUCUCAAAGACACUGCUGACAUUCAAGUUUGAUACAGUCAAAAGUGUCCUGGACAAGGACCGGAAAGAAGAUGACACGAAUGAGUUUGUGAGCGCAGUGUGCUGGAGGGCACUUCCAGAUGGGGAGUCCAAUGUGCUUAUUGCUGCUAACAGUCAGGGUACAAUUAAGGUACUGGAGCUGGUAUGAAGGGUUUUCUCUCAAGGCAUGAGGUACUUGGUCCUGCUGAUAUGCUACAGUAUUCAUCUGGGAACCACAGUGGGACAAGAAACCAAAACCACCUUGAUGUUCCUCCCCAGAGUGAUCAUGUUUGGGUUUUUUUCCAUUUAUGGACUUUCUAGGACAUUUUGAGACACUGGUAACAUCAGUGAACUGUCUACCAUCAACAUUAACUCCACAGAUUUUGCUGGUGGUGGUGGUAUGGUUGUCUAAUUUUUAUGAUAGGAAAACAAAUUCUUUUAAAUAAAAACAAAAAGGAAUAAUAAAAUUUAUUGAGCCACAAGCUGAAGCUGGAAGAUUGUCUUGUUGAAUAAGAGAACAGAUUUACUUGUGAAGGGAGCUUACAGGAGCAUACAGGGCUGUCCUCAGUUGAAUAUCUCCAGUUACUUUCAUCUGGACUCUUCCUCAUCCCCACUGGAAAAAGAAAGUCGCUCAGCCUUACCUGGACAUGCAAGCAAGUUCACUUUGAAAACCCAUCAUUCUACAGUUCUGUUGUUCCUUUGGUUUAUUAAUUAAUUUUUAAAAGCGUUAUAUGUUGAGAAAUGUCACCAAGGCUGACACCACUGGAGACUGAAGUCCUCUAGUCAUCAAAAAGAGAAGUCCUCUCCUUAGACCCCUUUCUUGCCCCAAAAGGGCAGUUCCAAAGGAGAGGAUUAAGUUGUCCUCCUGUCCAUGUGGGCCACCUGCCACUGGCAACAUGCUGAGAUGAGGGGCCCUGCAGUUCCUGGGACCUGGACUGACCUCACCAAGACAUUGUGGGAUAAAGAUGUGCCUCCCACUCACCUGGCUGUGUUUGACUAUCUCAGCUAGACAAGGAGGCAUCUAGAUCCAGUUACCAAAGCCCUGCACCACUCAAUCACCUGUGUGGUCUGGUUCUGCUUGCCCCUCUCUGCACACCAUGAAGCCAAGCAUUUUGAAUGUUGUAACAAGAGAGGGGAUGGAGUUGGUUUGUAAUGUGUUUCAGAGCCAUGAUAUAAGUAGCCUUAUUUUUAAUGAUCAUGCAUACACUUAAUUGUACAUAUGG